GGCCAUCAUCGCCCAGCGCACCGGCCACCCGCUGCCGGCCGCCCUGCUGGGCGCCGUCGACUUCCUCCGGCGCACCGCCCUCGACCAGGUGGGACUGUUCCGCAAGUCGGGCGCUCGCUCGCGGAUCCACCAGCUACGCCAGGCGUGCGAGGAAGCCGGCGACGAGCCCGUCUCUUUCGAGGGGCACAGUCCGUUCGACGUAGCCGACAUGUUGAAGCAGUACCUGCGCGAGCUGCCCGAGGUGCUCGCCACCAACAGGGUCUCCCAGAUCCUGAUUGCCAUCUACCAGUACGCCCCGGCGGGGUUGCGGCCCGAACUGGCACGGUCCGCGCUGCUCCUGCUGCCGGACGAGUCUCGGCUGGCGCUGCAGACGCUGCUCUCCUUCCUGGCCGAGGUGGCCGCCGCCGCCGACGUCAACCAGAUGACGGCUCACAAUCUGGCCGUCUGCCUGGCGCCCACGCUCCUCUCGAUGACGUCACAGCGCUCGGCGUCCGUCUCUCCGCGCCGCACGCGCCGCGCGGGGCUACCCGACCAGCGCGAGCUGGACGAGAACAAGGCGGCGCACGAGUGUCUGACAGCUCUGAUACGACAGGCCGAGUCGCUGUUCCGCGUGCCAGCUGGGCUGCUGGCGCUCUGCCGGUUCUCCGCGCUGGAUGUGUCGCAGCCGGUCGGCCUCUCGGAGCUGGGCACCGAGGAGCAGCCACGCAGCUGGCGCGCCUACUGGCGGCUGGUGGAGCGGCUGGCCGAGGACGCCGAGGUGCUGCAGUACGUCGAGGCGGCGGCCGGCCCGCGGCCCACCGUCCAGUACUGCGUGCUGCGCGCCUGGCGGACGGACCUGCCGCGCGGCGCCUGCUGCCUUGUCGAGACGUCUGUCGAGCACCCCGAUGCGCCGGCGGCGGCCAGCUCGCGGCGUGGGGUCGUGCUGGCCUCGCGCUACCUCGUGGAGCCGUGCGGCGCCGGCAAGUCUCGACUCACACACUACUCGCGCGUCGAGCAGGGGGGCUGCUCGCCGGAGUGGUACAGCCGCGUGUACGGCCACGAGUGCGCCCGGGUGCUGGCCGCCCUGCGCGCCUCCUUCCGGCAUGAGGCGGACGGCCCGGAGAGCCGCGUCUGA